UGUGGUCACUUGAGUGAUGUUUACAUUUUGAAAUACUGCUGACAGCAAAACAUUAAAUUCCGUAGUUUUUCUAAAAGGGAUUUUGAGUAGUCUCCAGGGUGUAGAAAUGGAAUGUUUGGACAUCAAGGAAGAAUUUACAUCUUCGAGUAUCAUCUGCCGAUUGUGUCUCGUUCAAAACUCAACGUAUUAUGAGGUUUUUGGAGAGAAUAAUGAUAGUCCGGAAAUUGCUGAUGUCCUGAGGAGUCUCCUGGGAAUUUCAAUAUCUCCCCUGGAUAACUGGCCCAAGAGCAUCUGUACAAACUGCAUUGAUAUAAUUAAUGAUUUUCAAACCCUACUCAAUAGGGCGAAAGACAAUGAGGCUCGAUUGGUGGAGGUUUUUGGGGAGUAUCAGCUUCAGGAAAAGCAACAGACUUCCGAGAAGGAAGAUUUGCAGAAUGACGUGAAGAUUGAGGCUGACGGGGAGGUGAUAAAGGCAGAAGACAGUGAUGGUGUUAGUGAUUGUGGAUCCCUGGGAGAGAUGGAUAUUAAGGAAGAGACUGAGUCUGCUCCAGAAGAGUCCAGGAAACGAAUAGGGCGCACCCUGAGGAAGAAGAUCACCAAAAAGAGAGGUCGGAAACGAAAAGUGCCUGAGCCUGAGCCACAGGAAGAUGAUGAAGAUAGUCCAGCUGAAGGAAUUACCGUAGGGGAAUUUGAGGAAUUGAGUCAGCAGAAGAAGGAGGAAAAACGUCUGAGAGAUGAAAAAAUCGACGCAGAAAUCCAUGCAUUUUUCAAAAUGGAGUGUGAUCUGUGUCAGGUCAAAUUUCCACGUUUCAGCGAUGUCCAGGUGCACUUCCGGGCGGUUCAUAAGUGCCGGGGAUAUGUGGUUUGUUGCCGGAAAAAACUCAAUCGACCAAUGAAGCUCUAUGAGCAUAUGAAUGAUCACAUAAAUCCGACGACGCAUAAGUGUACAGUUUGCCUGAAGCACUACAAGACGCAAUACGGACUGCAAGUGCACAAGAAACUCAGGCAUACUCCACCAGAAUUGCGAGAGUUCAGAUGUGAUCAGUGUCCACAGAGUUUUGUCCAAAUGUCCCGCCUGAAGGCCCACAUGAUCACUCACAUGGCGCCAAAGGACAAGAAGCAUAUUUGUCAGACAUGCGGCAGAGCAUUUGCACUAGCAUCAAUUCUCGUGCAGCAUGUGCGUCGUGUCCAUGAGAAUUCCUGCGUUUCCGUGUGUGAAGUCUGUGCAAAGAUCUUCAGGUGCAAGAAUCUGUUCAAACAACAUGUGGCUGAGCAUACAAGUCAACGAGAACCUCGAGUUCCGUGCACAGUUUGUGGGAAGAUGUUUAAGCAUCGCAUUGCCAUGCGAAAGCAUAUGCAGCGUCAUAACACUUCCGGACCUCUGGAAUGUCCAAUUUGCCAACGAGUGGCCCCAAAUAGACCAGCUCUCACGGAACACAUCAAGUACAAGCACAAAGCCCUCAGAGUUCAUAAAUGCACACUCUGCGAGAGAUCCUUCAAGACAGCCCUGUCACUCAAGGAGCACAUGGCUUCGCACACGGGUCAGGUCCUCUACCAGUGUUUAUUCUGUCCCAAACAGUUCAACAGCAAUGCCAAUUACUUCCGGCACAAUAAAAUGAAUCAUCCCCUGGAAUGGGAAGCAGAAAAGGAGAAGAAACGAGCUGAAAGGGCCGGCUGAAAUGUCCCUAUUUGUAUUGAGAUUCACAGAAUCAUCGUUCACCAAACUCUCUUGCAUUCAUUAAAAAUUAAAUAUUUAAUAAAAAAAUGUAUAUAAAA